AUGCCGAUCGAGAGACCGAAUGGCCAACUAACUACUAUCAUCCUCCUCCCCUCCCGCCUCGGGACGAACCCAACCCACACGCGUCGAUUGCCGCAACCCGCCCAAUCUCACUCCUCCGUCCAUCACCACUCCCCUCCCAGAACCUCCGCCGGCCAUACGUUUGAGCACCGGAUCGCAACGAGAACUCCCACUGGUCUACCGUCCCAAUCGCUUCCAAAUAGAAAUAUCAAAAACGGUGCCGAAUCACGAAUAAUGGAGCAAACACCGUCAGGCCCUGCGGGAGCCGCGCAGCAGGCCGCUUCUUCGCGCCAACGGCAUCAUCAUCACCAGCCACAAGAUAAUCAGGGACAAGGUGGACAGCAGGGUGGGCAGCAACAACAGCAGCAGCAGCGCGUGUAUGAUAUUCGAAAUGGUGGACAUUAUGUUUUACAGCUUUCAGCACAAGGAUAUGCACCAGCACCGGAACUAUACACAGGCACUUGGGCCAAUGUCAAUCAAGGACUAACAGGCACAGCCCGUGAUAUCCUAACCACAUACUGGCAACACAUGAUUACCCACCUCGAAACUGACAAUCACGACUACAAGAUCCACCAAUUACCCCUUGCCCGAAUUAAGAAAGUCAUGAAAGCUGAUCCCGAAGUGAAAAUGAUCUCCGCAGAAGCGCCCAUCCUCUUCGCCAAAGGUUGCGAUAUCUUCAUAACUGAGUUAACCAUGCGCGCCUGGAUCCACGCAGAGGACAACAAACGACGUACCCUGCAGCGAUCGGAUAUUGCCGCCGCCUUAGCCAAGUCGGAUAUGUUUGACUUCUUAAUCGAUAUCGUACCCCGGGAGGAGGCAACGUCCCAUACAAAACGCUCCGCGCCGAGUGCGCCACCUCAGCAUGCGAAUGCGGGACAGAUGCCGCCUCAACAACCCGGCGUGCAGCAGCCACAUCAUAUGGGACCUCCUGAUUAUGGAUCGCUGGGCCAACCUCCCAUGGGUCAAGAGCAAGAUUAUAGACAGCAACCACCCAUGUAUGGCGGGGCUGUCCAGUCCGAUCCUGCUUAUGGCCAGCCACAACCUCAGAUGUUUGAGGGAAUGUAUGGUUAUUCGCAUUUAUCACACAGCAGGUUGGUGCUUUCAUUUGCCUUGUGCAAGAGAAUUGUACCCUAA